AUGGGCGCUUCUGCCACCGACAAGAAGGCGGAUUCCGAGCGAGCUGCUCGCAAGGCCCUGAAGAAGGCCCGCAAGGCCGAGCGCAAGGCCGUUAGCAAGGCCAAUGGAAAGUUAGCCAAAGAAGCUUCUGAUGAUGCCAAGAACCCCAUCUCAGGCAAGAAGAAGAAGCAGAAAAAUGACAAGGAGCUGGAGACGCAGCUCUUGGAAAUUGAGAAGAAGCGUCUUCAGAACUUGGCAGAGUCCAACAAGCUUGAAGCCGAGGCCAAGCAGUUGUUGAAGCAGGCUGAGGAUGCCGACAAGCUGAGCAAGCGCGUGGCCAAGGCUCUCAAGAAAAUUACCGAGGAUGGCGACAGCCAGCUACCUUCCAACCUCAAGCAUGACGACGAUGCCGACUCCUCGGACGGCAAGGACGUUGGCGCCUUCGUGAAAGACGCUGUUAAUUCUACCACGGUCAUCCAAAAGCCAAAGGACAACAGUGCUCACGAGGCUAUUGAGAAGGAGAACAACGGCGAAAAGAAGAAGAAAGAUAAGAAGAAGUCUAAAUCCAAGUCUGAGGAGGCCAAGGCCAUCGCAGAGCAUGCGCCCACCGCGAAGGCGAAGGCUGAUGGCAAAAGAAAGCGAGAGGAAGACAGUGCUGAGCAGCCAGUCAAGAAGAAAGAAAAGAAGACAAAGGGAGGAGAGAAGGUUGCGAAAGUGACGACCGAGCCAGACAAGAUUCAAGGCCUCGAGGGAGGAGCAGCUCGACAGGAUAAGUUCCUUAGACUCCUCGGAGGUAAGAAGGCCGGCGUCAAUGCCACCAAACCAGGCAGCAUGGCCUCCAGCCAGGGCAAUUCGGUCCGCGCCGAGGCAGCCAUCCAGCAGCAGUUCGAGGCUGGCAUGAUGCUCAAGGAGAGUGGCCACAAGCGCCGCGGUUUGGGUGCGUAG